AUGACAAAACAACGCAAAAUAAAUAUUAGUCUUAUAUCACCAGGUGUGCUUGUUGAAAAAUACCAUUAUAGUUCAUAUUCUCGCUAUUGGUGGCAACCUUUACCUAAUUCUGAGGAAAUUACAACUUAUUUUCCUAUUCAA